UAGGGGAGAAUGGCUCCAGAAAAUGGUUCCUCAGUGACCUACUUUAUCCUCCUGGGUUUAACACAGCAACCUGAACUACAGCUUCCUCUCUUCUUUGUUUUCUCAGGAAUCUAUAUGAUGACCAUGCUAGGGAACAUGGGCUUGCUGGUUCUUAUUGGGCUCAGCUCUCACCUGCGCACCCCCAUGUACUUCUUCCUUUUCAACUUCUCCUUGAUUGACCUCUGCUAUGCAUCUGUCACCACCCCCCCCAGAAUGCUGGUUAGUUUUGUAACAGAGAACAUCAUUCCUUAUGCUCAGUGCAUGGCCCAGCUCUUUUUCUUCUGCUUCAUCAUCAUUGGCGAGUGCUAUCUUUUGACAGCCAUGGCUUAUGACCGCUAUGUGGCCAUCUGCAAGCCACUGCUUUACAGGGUCACUAUGUCUCCUGCAGUCUGUCUUGCACUGCUGCUGGCCGCGUAUAUGAUGGGGGUUUUAGGUGCCACAACCCACACAGUCUGUACGAUGAAAGUCAACUUCUGUGAUAGCAAUAUUGUCAACCACUACAUGUGUGACAUCUACCCUCUCCUCCGUCUCUCCUGUAGCAGCAUACACCUCAAUGAGCUGGCAGUUUUCAUCAUCGUGGGUAUCAAUGUUGUUGUACCCACCUUCACCAUCUCACUGUCGUAUACUUUGAUAAUCUCCAGCAUCCUGCGCAUCAAUUCCACAGAGGGUAGGUCCAAAGCCUUCAGUACCUGCAGCUCCCACAUAAUCACAGUCUGUCUUUUCAUUGGAUCAGCUGCUUUCAUGUAUCUUAAGCCUUCUGUCGCUGGGUCUCCUGACCAAGAGAAAAUAUCCACUGUGUUUUAUAACUUUAUGGGUCCAAUGAUGAAUCCUUUCAUCUAUAGUUUUCAAGAUGUCCAGAUUGCUCUGGGUAAGAUUUUGAAAAGAAAGGUGUUCUCCUAA